AUGAAUAAGAAAGAUCACCUGAGGAAAGAUGAGGAGGUUUCUACCACAAACAGUUUAGUUGCGGGGAGCUUGUCAGGUCUGUUCGCAAGAACUUGCAUUGCGCCUCUAGAUACAGUCAAGAUUAAGUUGCAGGUUACUCCACAUAACAAGAAUGCCAAUGUACUAAUAAAUAUCCUGAAACGGGAAGGGAUUAGAGGAUUUUGGAAAGGCAAUGUGCCAGGAUCGAUUAUGUAUAUUAUAUAUGGUGGUGCACAAUUUGGAUCUUACACUUAUAUUGGAAGUUUUUUACGUGGUGGGUUGGAUCUGAAUAUCUCUCCACAGCUUUAUAGUUGUUUGGUAGGGUCAUUGGCAGGAAUGACAAGCUCCUUGGCGUCAUAUCCCUUUGAUGUUUUACGUACUCGUUUUGCUGCCAAUUCACAAGGUCAAUUGAUAAAGCUCAGAGACGAAAUAAUGGCUAUUUGGAGCCACGAAGGUUUGAUGGGUUUCUUUAGUGGAUGCGGGUCAUCCAUGAUAAACAUAGGAUUAAAUACAGCAAUCAUGUUUGGUGUAUACGAAAGCAUCAAAAUAUUCACUGAAGAGAGGAGUAAGCUGUCAGAUCGCAGAGAUCCAUUCACUCUACUGAACGAGCUGGCUGGCCCAAUUAGUGGAUUUACUUCAAAACUGGCUACCUUUCCUUUGGAUACCGUGAGACGCAGAAUACAGAUAAGAAAUUCACCCAACGAAGAACGCCACGAUAGAGAAUUUACCAAAGACAUAUACAAAUCUUAUAAGAACAGAAGAUUUCUAGGUGUGGGAAUUAGUAUGGUACAACAGGAAGGUCCAUUAUCUUUGUACAGAGGAGUAACCAUGUCAUUGAUAAAAAGUGUGCCAAGUACAGCAAUCAGUCUGUGGAGCUAUGAGCUGUUCAUGAACAAGUUGGGAUAA